UUCGAUAUUAUUGUGCAUUUCGAAUUAUUCCGAUUUGCUGUUUUGUGAAUAAUUUGCAGUACUAGUAGUGGUGAAAAAACUAUGCCAAGGAGCCAAAGAGCCCCAAUCCCCAAUGCUCAGAUUCUUCACCAUUCAUAGCGACUGCCUCAUCUUCAUCCUCACCCUCUGGGUUUCUGAGCACCCCCACUAAUCGAAGGAAGAUAAAUCGCUCUCAAUCGCCAAGCUCCCUUUGAAUCUGAAACUAAAUCCUCAGCCCCAAAUCACGAGGAAAAGCAACCAGCCAUGAAAAGAGAGCAUCAUCAGCUCUGUCCCAACCCGGGCGACCCAUUCAUGACCGCCAGCUCUAGCGGGAAAUCCAAGCUAUGGGAAGAUGAGGCUCAAGACGGUGGCAUGGACGAGCUUCUCGCCGUGCUUGGCUACAAGGUGAGGUCGUCGGACAUGGCGGAUGUUGCCCAGAAGCUCGAACAGCUAGAAGAAGCUAUGGGUAAUGUUCAGGGCGGUAUCUCUCAGCUCUCCUCUGAAACUGUCCAUUACAACCCUUCUGAUCUAUCUACCUGGCUUGAAAGCAUGCUUUCUGAGCUCAACCCAUCUCCCAAUUUCGACUCUUUGACUGCCGUCGCCGGCGCCGUCUCUGCGCCCCCCCUCCCUGCGCCUCCGCCUCCUCAGGCUGAUGAUUCCUCGUUCUUGGCUCCAGCUGAGUCAUCAACUGUUACCUCCAUUGACUUCACUGACCAUAGCCAGCACCAACAUUUGAAUCCUCUUCCUCUGCAUAAGCACCAAGAUAGCUUAAUCUUCGAAGACGCAUCUUCCUCUGAUUAUGAUCUCAAGGCUAUUCCUGGCCAAGCUAUCUACAACAGUCAAACUCAAGCCCAGCACCCGCAGCAACUCGAAUCUCCUUCCCGAGAAAGCAAACGUUUGAAACCCUCUUCCACUGUGUUCAACCCUGCAUUGUUCUUGCCCUCUUCUCUGGGCUCUUUUACCUUGACAAAUGAGUCGACCCGUCCUGUUGUCCUCGUCGACUCGCAAGAAAACGGAAUUCGACUCGUUCAUGCGUUGAUGGCUUGCGCGGAUGCCGUACACCAGAACAAUUUCGCUCUUGCGGAAGCUUUAGUCAAACAGAUCGGAUUCCUCGCGGUGUCUCAGGCCGGAGCGAUGCGCAAGGUUGCGACCUACUUCGCCGAAGCGCUUGCUCGCCGCAUAUAUCGGCUUUACCCAGAAAACCCCCUCGACCAUUCUCUUUCCGACAUGCUACAGAUUCACUUCUACGAGACCUGUCCAUAUCUCAAAUUCGCCCAUUUCACCGCCAACCAGGCUAUCCUGGAAGCCUUCCAAGGCAAAAGGCGAGUUCAUGUCAUCGAUUUCAGUAUGAAUCAAGGGAUGCAAUGGCCGGCUCUCAUGCAAGCACUGGCUCUCCGACCCGGCGGACCACCGGCGUUUCGGUUAACAGGAAUCGGACCACCCGCACCGGAUAAUUCAGAUCACCUUCAGGAAGUUGGUUGGAAACUCGCCCAGCUAGCAGAAACGAUUCACGUUAAAUUUGAGUACAGAGGGUUCGUGGCGAACAGUUUAGCUGAUCUAGAUGCUUCGAUGCUCGACCUCAGACCGAGUGAGGUGGAGUCAGUGGCUGUUAACUCGGUGUUCGAGCUUCACAAACUGUUGGCGCGACCCGGUGCGAUCGAUAAGGUGUUAUCAGUGGUGAAGCAGAUGAAGCCGGAGAUAGUCACCGUCGUAGAGCAAGAAGCGAACCACAAUGGACCGGGUUUCCUGGACCGGUUCACGGAGUCACUGCACUAUUACUCGACCCUGUUUGACUCGUUGGAGGGAUCAGUGGACACUCAGGACAAGAUCAUGUCGGAGGUGUAUCUGGGGAAGCAAAUCUGUAACGUGGUUGCCUGCGAAGGGGCGGACCGGAUUGAGAGGCAUGAGACGCUGAGCCAGUGGCGGAACCGGUUGGGUUCUGCCGGGUUCGCUCCGGUUCACCUGGGUUCCAACGCUUUCAAACAAGCAAGCAUGCUCCUGGCUCUCUUCGCCGGUGGAGAUGGUUACAGAGUAGAAGAGAACGAUGGGUGUCUGCUGCUGGGCUGGCAUACUCGGCCAUUGAUCGCGACGUCGGCGUGGCGACUCGCCUAGAGAACGGUGGUUCGCUGAGUUGACUCAUCGAGUCGGUCCUUUGUUUCUUCGCCCAAAUUCCCAAUUUUUUUCCCGGAAAGAAAAGGAAAAGAAAGGAAAAGGAUUGUGGGGAAAGAGAGUGCAGUGUGAUGCUGAGCUGUUUGUACAGCUAUUCGCUGAGAGGCUUAGACCCACCAUUGUCUAUACCUUCCCCCUUACCUUUUUUUUCGCUUCCCUCUCUCUCACCCUCUCUGUCACAUUCCCCUUUCUGCUUAGGGUUUUUUUUAACCAGUUUUGUUUCCUUUUUUUGGGUUGAACUGGAAUCUCUUGUUAUCUUUCAGGGUUGAAUCCGAAAAUAGGGCUGAUGCUGUAUUUAUCUCUUGAUAUAAAUAGCGUUGCUGGUAAUAAAUGUAAUCUUUUUCUCUUGGAGGGCCA